GUGCGACAACGAGAGACGAACCGAACGUCAUGACGUACGACUUGAGAGAGGACCAAUCACGACGACACGCCAGCAGCCGCAUCCCGUGCGUCAGGACGUAUUCCGUCUUCUCUGCGCAGUCUGUGAGGGUUUUUGUGUCCGAGCAGCACAGAGCGGCCGCCAUGUCUAAAGAGACGCCUCGCGAGCCCGAGCAGAUGCGAAAGCUCUUCAUUGGGGGUCUGAGCUUCGAGACAACAGAUGAGAGUCUUCGGGCACAUUUCGAACAAUGGGGAGCUCUGACGGACUGCGUGGUGAUGAGGGAUCCAAACACGAAGAGGUCGAGAGGGUUCGGCUUUGUGACCUACAGCUCGGUGAAUGAAGUCGACGCGGCGAUGGACGCUCGGCCUCAUAAAGUGGACGGGAGAGCCGUCGAACCCAAAAGAGCGGUUUCUCGAGAGGACUCGUGCAGGCCGGGCGCUCACUCCACGGUGAAGAAGAUCUUUGUCGGAGGAAUUAAAGAGGACACGGAUGAGGAGCACCUGCGUGACUACUUCAGCCGGUUCGGCAAAAUCGAUGAAGUGAACAUCAUGACGGAGAAGAGCAGCAACAAGAGGCGGGGCUUCGCAUUCGUUACGUUUGACGACCACGACUCUGUGGACAGGAUAGUCAUUCAGAAAUAUCACACAGUCAACGGACACAACUGUGAAGUGAGGAAAGCGCUUUCCAGAGAAGAGAUGAACAGAGUGUCCAUGAACAACAGAGGUGUCUGUGCUGUAGGUGGCCGAGGAGGCGGUGGAGGAAACUUCGGCGGGCGUGGAGGUGGAGGAUACGGAGGUGGAUACGGAGGUGGUGGAGGAGGAGGACGUGGAGGAUACGGUGAUGGAGACGGGUACGGAAACGGAUACGGAGGAAACGGUGGUUACGGUGGAGGCGGUCCUGGUUACGGUGGUAACCGUGGGUACGGAGGAGGAGGAGGUGGUGGUGGUGGAGGUGGUGGUGGUUAUGGCAACCAGGGCGGCGGCGGCGGAUAUGGAGGCGGAGGAUACGACAACUACAAUGGAGGAGGAGGUGGUGGAGGAAACUACGGAGGAGGAAACUUUGGAGGCGGCGCCAGUGGAGACUACAACGACUUCGGCAACUACAACAAUCAGUCGUCGUCUAAUUACGGCCCGAUGAAGGCAGGAAACUACGGAGGCGGAGGCAGGAGCGGCGGAGGUCCGUACGGUGGUGGGUACGGCGGAGGCUCCGGCGGUGGGUACGGAGGCGGAUCUGGAGGAAGACGGUUCUGAGCUGUAGGAAACAGUACUUAGGAGAGGAGAGCCAGAGAGAGGAUGAUGAUGAUGAUGAUGAUGACAGGGAAAGGAGAGAAAUGAAGGAAGCAGGUUUACACACCUAGAAUCUGCUCAGCGAUAUUAACGUCUGCCACACGCCAGGAAUCGUGUAUGAUAGAGAAGAAAGCGAGAAAUCAUUUCCAGCUGUCGGGGGAGGGGUUGGGGGUCAUGUGAGGUCAACGUUGUACUCUUUCUUUAAAAUCCUAAAGUACUUUCGAUCCUGAACGUAACGACGUUACUUUCCUGUUAGCUCUCUAGCUGAACAUUGAUGUCUGUGAAGUGUAAAUCAUUCCAUUAAGCUUUUAGGCAGGAUCUCUGGACUUUAUUUUUUGGUUAUAUUUCUUUUUCCCCACAUUGCUCACUUUUUAGGGUUUUUUAUGUGAUCCGAUAUUAAUCAAGAUGAAAUAAAUCCAUCCUGAGUUUUUUUUAUUUAA